AUGUCCCGCGACGCUUUUGAAAAGGUUCCAGGUUGUAAUGGCAAUGGAGCAGCUGGCACUGAUUACUGUUUCGAUCCAUCCAAGACAGACGCACCAUCAGAGAAACCCACGCCUGCUCCAGUUACAGCAAAACCAACAUCACAGGGACUAGGAGAUCCAACCCACAAUUUCAUGAUGCGUCUGUAUUGGUCAAUUGACUACUUUUGGCAAGAGACUAAGAAGGAGGCUUGGUGGUGCAUGGAAUGCACGAAAUGUGACGAAUAUUCGUUGGGCGACGGACCGAAUCAUGGAUGCGUAACUCCUGGAAGUAGAAGUAGUUCCUGUGCACCUGGGCACUUGAUCUGGAUUAGAAAAUGCACAGAUACGCGAAGGAAGUUUGAAUGGAACAUUGUGAGCAAUCCAGGAUCUGGAGAUCAAAUUCGAGCAGACGGUACCAACUUGUGUUUUCAUACGGUUGACAAUCGAUACCUUGAGAUUCAACCAUGUGACAACACAAGAAGUGAGCAGCUGUUCAUGCCGAUCGCCGACUUGGACAGAUUCGAGCUGAGACCUUACUCUCAGCGAAGGUGGUCACGCAACGAUGCGAUUUGCCUGACUCAAAUGCAUCAUCCAAAGGAGAAAGAACUUAUUGGAAUGCAGCCCUGCCGCCGAGCCCUGGGUCACGAGACACUCUACUGGGAGGAAUUUCAUCGGUAG